AAGCAUCAAAUUGUUCCUAGGCAUUUCUGUGAACUUACCAGACCAGGUGUCCUAACUGUUAGUUAAAUUUGUUAAUUUUGUUCUAGUGCUUCUCCGACUUGCCUAUAAAUGCGUCUCCCUGCAUAAUCUGUUUCUGCACAAUUUGUCUACAUAGCACAUUCCAAGAAGUCUACAGAUACCUGAGAACAUAAUGGCGAAGAUUGUGUACUUGACGAUGGUUUUUGCCACAUUUUUGGCGGCUUUUCUGAUGGUGGAGCAAGGGGAGGCUUUUACCUGCGGGACAACAUUACAAGAACGUACAAAGCAACUUUGUGAUCCAUUUCACAGGGGUGAACAGCAGGAGCCAUCUGCUGAGUGUUGCAACUCAUUAAAAGCAUUCCGUGAUACGGCCAAGACUAGAGAAGAGAGGAUUGAGUUGUGUCGUUGCGUGCAGGAUCGUUCUAAUAGAAACAGAGCUGGUGUUCCUGCUCCAGAUGCUCGUAUUCCUAAAAUAGACGCUCUUCCUGCAAAAUGCGGACUUCCAUUUAUAUACUCUGCAGAUCGUAAAUUCGACUGUAACACCGUAAACUAAGCUUACCUCCGGUGCAUGAAGAAGUAGUUGGAGGAAAAAUCGAUAUAUAUAAUAACACUGAGGCCAUAUAUGUGCCUUAAGAAAUAAAAUUAUGAGCAAAUGUAUCUCAUAUGUUUUGUAAUUUUUCAGUUCAACAAGAAAUGCAACUCCUGUUUUGCAUCCACCGUAACUCAUUGAGUUCUGUAAUGUAUUUCUGGCGUGCUAUAUUAUAAACGUUUGACGUUUCUUAUUAA